AUGUUCUUCUGGGUAUUCUGGUACUCCUAUCCUCCACAUAAACAACAACAACGUGACCCCCAAUGGGACAACCGACAACCAGAAUGCAUCCUCCCACAAACAGUAAUAAUUCACUCAUCACGCUCAUCCCAGUCCUCCUCAUCAUCCCUCACCACCACCCUCUCCCAGUCAAACUCCUACAUCCCCCCUCCUCCCCCACCACCUCGCAAACCAACGUUCACAGCCCGACUACGUUCUUCUCCAGCAGCGAUGUUACUCGGUAUCAUCCCUCUCCUCACUCUGGGCCUCGGGUUCUGGCAGGUCUAUAGGCUCAGAUGGAAGUUAGCACUCAUAGACGAGUUGGAGGACAAGCUCGGUAGAGAAGCGUUAUGGCUUCCAGGGAGGAUCAACGUCGACAAACUCCCAGAAUUUCAGUACCGCCGCGUUCUUGCACAAGGAACCUACCUCCCCAGUCAAACGAUAUACGUCGGCCCGCGGACGUACGACGGCGUCCACGGGUAUCACGCGAUCACCCCCCUUGCGCGUCCGGGGGGGAGCACGAUCUUCAUAAAUAGGGGUUUUGUGCCUAAGGACUUUUGCCCUGGAGGGCCGAAGUACGCUGGGUCCCCCUUAGCUUUGGAGCGCACAGGGGGGGAGGUGACUAUCGAGGGCCUCCUUAGGCAGUCCUCGACCCGAGGGACGUUCGUCCCGGAAAACGAGCCCGAAAAGGGAGUGUACUACUGGGUCGACCUUCCCCUCCUCUCCGAGCGGAUGGGAGAAUCGGCACAGCCGGUACUGGUGGACGAAGUGUACGAGGGCCACUUGGGGCUUGUGGCUGAGAAACUUGCCAGGGGGGAACCGGUGGGACGGAAGGCGAAGGUGGAGAUGAGGAACCAGCAUGCGGUUUAUGCGGCUACUUGGUGCGUCCCUGAUUGGGUGAACUUGAGUGGGACUGAUGGGUUGUGA